AUGCUUACAUUGUCUAAGCUCAGGAACAUAUUUGAAAUCCCAUGGGGACUUAGUGUCUGUCACAGGCGAAAUCAGAGUAGUUUGAGAGAAACAAAAUGGCUCACUCAUUCAUGUGCAGAAAAUGACUUGCAUCAAGCAGACCCCUUCUCUAGAAUUGAUAGCUCUGCUGCCCAAAAGCUGACUGAUUCGCGGUUGGGCAUCCGUUUUUGCAUUUUAUUUGCAUUGAAGGCUGAAGGGCUUAGAAGUCGGCCAAUACUUAACUUGAUCUGUGAUACAAUCACUAGAAACAAUUGGUUUUCACUCUAUGCAGAAGCUAUUGAACAACUUCGAACAAGCCGGGUUUUGUUAACUUCAGAAGCUUACCGUAUUUUGUUGAGGACUUACGUAAGACUGGGUAGGCUGGAAGAAGCCAUAACAGUGUUCUGUCAAAUGAGAGAAUUAUAUUGUGAGUUUGAUGCCCAUACAUACAAUACAAUUAUUAAACCUCUAUUGCAGAAAGAGAUGUAUUUGCUAGUGUUUGCGCUGUAUAAUCUGAUGAUAAAGUUAAAUUGCUGUCCUGAUGAUUAUACUUACUCUUUGUUGAUUGAUGGAUUCUGUAAAUGUGGAAGGAGUGAUGAAGUUAUUGAAAUUCUUGAAGACAUGGACCGCAGUAACAUACGGCCAAGCAUGACAGCAUUUACUUCUAUUCUUUCUGGUCUGUGUCAGGGAAAGAAAGUAGAUUAUGCAUAUAGAUUGUUCAACAAGGUGAAAGGAAAUUGGUUUCAACCUGAUCUAAUAACUUACAGUGUUUUACUUGAUGGGUUUUGCAAGCUAGGGAGGUUCGACGAAGCCUUAGCCAUGGGCCAGGAGAUAUCGUGA